AUGGCGUUGGCACAACGAGCGGAUGCGGAGAUGGCGGCCUACCGCGCGCUCCAGGAAGAGGUGACGGUGCUGGCCAACCAGCGCCAGCUCUACGCGCAGCAGCAGAACGAGAACAGCAUGGUCAAGCAGGAGCUGGACCUGCUCGCGGACAACGCCAAGGUCUUCAAGCUCGUGGGCCCUGUCUUGCUCAAGCAGGACACGUCGGAGGCCAAGUCCAACGUCGCGAAGCGCCUUGAGUUCAUCCAGAACGAGAUGGAGAAGGUCGAGAAGAAGCUCCAGGCCAAGGAAGACGAAGCCGUCAAGAUCCGCCAGAACAUUGCCGCGAUCCAGAUGCAGAUGCAGAAGAACGCGGCCGAGGGCGCCGGCGCCGCUGCCGCCCAAGCCUCGCGAUAA